AUGAGUGGCCAAAUAUCACGAGAGCUAUGCAAAAUAGAAGUAGAACACGUAUUGCAAGAUCUACAGGAUUCAAACUUGGUUAGCAAUACUAAACAAAGUAUUUUGGAGGAAGAUGCAAAUGAACCACAAAAUUAUUUGGAAAAGUUGCCACCUACAAAAAGAUAUAAGAAACGUGUCAGGUGUCUUGUCAAAAUUUCUG